AUGAGCUCCGAGACAGGUCCUGUUAUCGUCGACCCUACUCUGAGGAGAAGAAUUGAACCCCAGGAGUUUGAAGUCUUCUUCGACCCGAGGGAACUUCGGAAAGAGACCUGUCUGCUCUAUGAGAUCAGGUGGGGCGGAAGGCACAGCAUCUGGCGACACACGGGCCAGAACACCACCAAACACGCGGAAAUCAACUUCAUAGAGAAAUUCACUUCAGAGAGAUACUUUUGUCCCUCCACCCAAUGCUCCAUCGUCUGGUUCCUGUCCUGGAGUCCCUGUGCGGACUGCUCCAAGGCCAUUACAGAGUUUUUGAGCCGACACCCCAAAGUGACUCUCUUUAUUUACAUAGCACGGCUUUAUUACCACACAGAUCAGCGAAACCGGCAAGGACUCAGGGACCUCCACAACAGAGGUGUGACCAUCCAGAUCAUGACUGAGCAAGAGUACUGUUACUGCUGGAGGAAUUUUGUCAACUACCCACCUUCAAAUGAAGUUUACUGGCCAAGGUACCCCAAUGUGUGGAUGAGGAUGUAUGCGCUGGAACUGUACUGCAUCGUUCUAGGACUUCCGCCCUGUUUAAAGAUUAUAAGAAGACACCAACACCCACUUACAUUUUUCACCCUUCAUCUUCAAAGUUGCCAUUACCAAAGGAUACCUCCUCACAUCCUUUGGGCUACAGGGUUGGUAUGA